AGCAAAAAAACAUGGAAUGUACACACCAUGAUCUUACUCACUCUCUUUAGAUUCAGGGUCCAACAGCAUGUCUGUGCUCCAGCAGCCUUUGUCUGAGUCAGUUCAGCCAGGAGACUCUGUGACUCUGAACUGUACAAUACACACUGAGACCUGUGCAGGAGAACACAGUGUCUUUUGGUUUAGACAAGGCUCAGGAGAAUCCCAUCCAGGAAUCAUUUACACCCUUAGAGACAAGAGUGAUUGGUGUGAGAAAAGUCCAGAGGCUUGUCCUCCUGAGGCUGGGUCUCCUACACAGAGCUGUGUCUACAACCUCCCCAAGAGGAACCUCAGCCUCUCUGAUGCUGGGACUUACUACUGUGCUGUGGCCUCAUGUGGGGAGAUACUGUUUGGGAACGGGACCAAGUUGGAUGUUGAAGACCUGUUGGGUUAUAAGAGUAAUCUUCUUUUCUUCGUAUUUAUAUCUGGCCUGACAACUGCUGUGAUUCUGAGUGUGAUUGUCAACAUUAUCCUCUGUGUGAUAAUGAAGAGGUCACAAUGUGAACACUGUGCAGCGGGGACCCCUUUUCAGCAAAGCCACUAUGGGAAUCCUCAUUCCAACAACACAGACCAACAGCUCCACGGUGACGAUGAUGGCCUGAACUAUGCUGGCCUAAAGUUCACUGACAAGAAGCCCAGGAGACAGAGGAGAGAACAGAGAGAGGAAGAAACCAUCUACUCUGGUGUGAGUCAUCAAGUCAGGAUGUGACAGUCCUCCAAUCAGCAUAAUUUUAAGUUGAGCCCUACUGACCUCCACUUUGAGCUUUACUGUGUCCGUGUGACUUGGCUGUUCUGUACAUUCCUCAUUUGUUAUAAAAUGUAAUAGUAGGGUCUAGCUGUAGAGACAGUCACUGCAUUGGAAAAUUCUCCUAAUAACGACAUGGAAUCCCUCAGAUGCAGAGCAUAACUGUCCGGCAAGUGUGAAAGAUGAUUCUAGGAUGGUUUCAGAAGUCUCAAAUCCUCACCAAUAGUGGCUGAGGUUUACUGACUGGAUCCAUGUAUUUUUGUAGAAGUGUACAACAAAAUGUAUAUAAUGAUUUACAAAUGUCUGAACUCUUCCCUUUGAUGAUAUUAGUUGUAACAUGGAACUCUGUAACCUGCCUAUAUAUG